AUGUUAGACGCAUUUUUCCUGAACACUGAAGAUCUAUCCUUCUAUCAUUGUAAUUAGCAAGGCCAAGGAGCUGGAGAUUUAAGCCAAGACGAUACAGCUUAGCAGAUUAUCCAGCAAAGACUUGUUCAAAGGUAUAUGAGGCAAACAAUGGCGCAAUAAGUCCAGAAAGCAUAAAGUUUGACUAGUUCAAAUGAGUUUUAGCAAUCUUUACUUGCAGUCAGUAGGCCAUAUACAGUCGAGGAAGGGGGUAAAUUAAGAAAUCGAUCUCAAGAACAGUAAAUCCUGAAUCAGCACAGACUUUAGAACGAUAAUUAUAAGAGUGUUUCGUAGAUGAAUAAUUAGUAUCUCGCUUAUCAAGAUAAGGCGAUGAUGCGAAGUACCUCAACCUAGGGGUAACAGUAUAUUCAGUAAGUUACACCUGGGGUAGUUCCAGCUGGAAAUCUGUAACGGGUGUCAGACAUUGAGUCUGAGAUUCAGAAAAUUUACUCACAAAGGCAGUAUACUGAAAUAGCUAUGAGCAUUUUAACUUCUUUAAAGAAUCCAAACUCCAAAAAGUAACGAAUAAAAGGUCUCUAGGUUGGAGGGCCAUUUAAUGCUAAAAAUGCUGCUCUUUACAUAAAAGAAGGCUCAUUAAGCUCAAGAUAUGAAGGGAACAGUAGCUUUUUUAAUAAUUUUGGCAAUGCCUACAAAGCUAACCUGCCUUAAAGGUAGCAAAUUAAAUCACUAAGGGAAAGAUUUAUGAAUGUAGUGAGUGAAUAUGACAGCAAUAGCACUAAUAUCAAUAAAAGUUCUCCUAGCAAAAAAAUAUCAACAGAAAACCUUACAAGUAAAAGCAGCUAUAAUAACUUUCCAGAUUUUAGCAGAAGUGUUUACUCUCCAAAUAAAAAGGAUAGAAAAAAGUAAGAAAAGACAUUCAAUCAAGAAAUUCAACAGAAGUAUUAGUAAAUUAAAAAGGAGACCAAGCAAUAGUGGGAUUAAGUCAUCCACUAAAAUGCCAAGCAAGUCAGUACUAACAAACUGCUGUAGAACUAUCAAAAGCAGAAAAAUAAAAAUCUAUUUAUCAAUGAUUAAAACAAGGACUCGACUGAUUAGUAUUAAGAUAACAGAGAAAGCUCCUUAGGCAAGUCCUAUUUUGGUAGGAGGCUCUAAACAGACCACUAAAAUUCAUUUAACAAUAGUAAGCGGUAAACUCAGUCAAGAAAUGAUGCGCAAUAGGUUUCAUCAUAUUCAAGUUUUGGAGUCUUGAAUCAUGAGAAGCUACAAUAGUCUACUUCUGGUUUUCAUACAGGCCAGUUUACCAAUAGAAACUUUCCUGAAGCCCAGCAGAUACUUUAUAUGAGUCCUCUCUAGUCAAACUAGGCAUAGGCAUACUAGGGUGUUUAGAUGCCAUAGAUUAAGUAAAGCGGUAUUGACAGAGCUACAUCCUCUUCCAACGGACCUAAAUCCAUUAGAAGCCAGUCAAGGAAGAAUAACAGCAGAAAGCUCAAAUCUCUAUUCUAAUAAUAAUAAUAAUGA